ACUUUUAGUAAGUUGUGGCUUUAUGAAUUAUUAACCGUGGGAUCUGUGUAUGGUGUUGGAACUUGCUGAUGUAAAAUAAAAUGUUUCUGUUUUAUUUUCUAAAAAAUGUUGAUCAAUUCAUGUUCUUCUCUACACAUGAAGAAGUUACGUGCAAUGGACAUAAUUUUCAAAUAAAGCUCGAGUUAAUUGCACUUUUCCUUCAGUUGAGAAGCCUUAGAAUCUUGAAAACAACCGAAGCAGGCUUAAUGUCCGGAAGUCCCGGUAUAGAAUCAAUUCCGGAAUUACCAAAGCUCGAGUCCCUUGACCGUUUCAAUGCUAAGAACCAGAAGUUCUACGCUGAAAAUGAUUCAAGGUUCAAAGAAUCUCCAAUACUCAAGAAGCUACUCGAGAACUCCAAACUAAACAAAGAAAAGAAUGAAAAAGCUAUUCAAGACAAGUAUUGUCUAAGAGGAGCAGAGUGGGGAGUAGGAGACUGUUCAACCAAUGGAAUAACAGAUGAAGAGAAGGAACAAUUCAUCACAAUGUUGAAGAAGAAGACUGGUCUUGAAUAACAUUUUCAAAAUCACAGUUAUUUAUGUUGAAUUAGAGAAUGAGAUAAUCUAUGCUAAUGUAGAUCAAAUCAUUUUGAUAUCCACGAGAGAAAGUGAAGCAAUACCAUUCACAACCACUGAUUUAUCAGCUCCAGAGCCUUCAUCUUCUUUAUCAGCAUCAACCGCCACAAUGUCCUCUGGUUUCUUCUCGUUGGCCACAAGCAGCUUGAAGACAUGAAAGGCCUCUCUAUCUGAAUUUUCUUGAUUGGUUCUCUAAGUAGAUUCAUCAUGAUUCUAAAAUUAUCCAUCAACACAUGUCUCUUCAUAAAGUAGCUUCCUCUCUCCAGCAACCUCGUGUUGUACUCUAUCAUCUUAAGUAACUCCGUACAAUCUGUUUCAAAGAUAACGAAAUGGAUGUUUUUUAUCA